AAGCAGCCACCGUUCACCAUAACUAGUUUUGCUCUGUAACCACGGGCAGCCCUGUAAACCAACAUCCUAUAUAUACAUACAGAAAAAUUCAUGGCCUUAGAUUGCAUAGUAAUGGAGAAAAUUGAACAAGUAUCAGAAGAUAAAGUGAUGAAUAUUGUAGUUGCUGUGGAUGAGAGCCAAGAGAGUAUGCGCGCCUGUGAAUGGGCUUGCAACCAUCUCUUGGCUUCACACACAAAUUCUCAACAGAGCUAUAAAUUCACGCUGCUUCAUGUUCAGCCCCCUGUUUCUGUUACCUCUGGCCCUGCAUACAUUUUGAGCAGCGAGGUGUUUUAUCUUCUUGAAUGUGAAGACCUGAGGACUACCCACAAGAUAUUCAAGCAAGCUCUGGAUAUCUGCAAUCGUUACAAUGUGAGGGCAGAAACCCAUGUUGUGAUUGGGGAGCCAAAAGUUAAGGUCUGUGAAGCUGUUCAAAAGUUGGGAGCACAUUUUCUAGUGAUGGGUAGCCAUGGCCAUGGUCCUUUCAUCAGGGCAAUCAAGGGAAGCGUGAGUGAUCACUGCUCUCGAAAUGCUAUGUGUCCUGUUGUCGUUGUUAAUAAAAAGGUUUUCUGAGGAUAGAAAUGAAUAUGCAGAGGAGUUUUUGAGAAACGGAACAGGAGCCAGAAUUGGGGGUUUUUAGGCGAAUUGCAUGGGUGUGCGGCAUCGCUGCUUUUUCCCCAUUCCUACAAUGUACUGGUUUCAGGAACUUGAUGAACUUAAUCUCUUUCCCCAUUCGCAUGUUCACACCAAGUUAGGGAAAAAUAAGAUGUUUUUACUCUUGACUAAGCUGUGCUUAUCUGCUAGAAUUAUGUGCUUUCGCAUCUGAAUUUCGCCAUGCUUAAUUGCAUUUCAAUACAAUUUUACACACGGUAUUCAAACUUUUUCUUAUCAGGAAAAGAGUAAUGUAUUGUCCGGAUUUGAGAAUAUAAUUAAGAUGUGAAUAAUUUUUAUCGAAGUA